AUGGAUCAUACUGAAUGUAACAAUCGUAUAGAGUAUUUAAAUAAUCAAAAUUUAAUAUUAAAAAAUAAAAUAUUUGAAUUAGAAAGUUUAAAUGAAAAUCUAAAGAGUCAAGUAGAAUAUUUUCAAACUAAAUUUUUAGAAUCAAAUUUAAUGAGUGAAGGUAAAGAUAUUUCAUCAUGUUUAACAGAAAUUUAUAAUAGUCUCAGUUUAGAUAAUUCAUCAAAUAAUAGUAAUAAUAUUAGUAAUAGCAGCAGCAAUAAUAGUAAUAAUAGUAAUAAUAACAAUAAAAUAAUAAAUUUAAGAAACAAUUCAAAUAGAAACUAUAAAAUUAAUUUAACAGCCAAUACAAACAGUAAUAAUAGUAGUGCAAAUACAAGUCCAUUUAUUUGUUCAAAUAAUAGCGAUACAAGUAAUUACGAAUCUUUACCUCAAUUAAGUGAUAGUGAAAAUUCGUCACCUGUUUUAACAUCACAACCAUUACCAUCAACACCAACUACAAUUUCAACUACACCAUCAUCAUCAAAUCGACCACCACCACCACCAAGACCAGCAUUCUUAAGAAGCACUUCAGAUAAUUUUGAAGAUUUAAAUAAUAGUAGUAGUAAUAAUACACCAACAAAAGAGUUUUCAUCAUCUCAAACAUCAUCACCAUUAAAUAAGGGUUCAACUUGGUCAACUGCAGUAAUUCCCCUUAAAAUGAGAUCUGAAACCAUUGUACAACAAAAAUCACCAUACAGUCCAGAUACAACCUUAACAAAUUUAAAUAAUAAAUUAGUAAAUGAAUUAAAUAUAAAUAAUCAAAAUAAUCAAAAUAAUCAAAAUAAUAAUAAUAAUAGUAAUGGUUCAGUUGAAAGUCCAUCAAAAUUAACACCAAGAGGUGUUAGUAAUGUUUCAAGUUCCCCAACACAAUCACAAAUUGAUAGAAGAAGCAAAACCUCACCAUUCCCAGCAAAUGUUACACCACCACUCUCAUCUUCUGGUCAUUUGGUUAGAACUGCUUCAGCAAGUAGCGCCAAUGCAAUCAAGCCACAACAACUAAGUAAUAGUUGUAGUGCUAAUAUCACCUCUGCUAAUAAUAGUAGACCAUCCACACCUGUACAAAAUAAUAGUUUUUCAAUUGAAGCAACUGGCUCACCAUCCACACAAUCUGGUUUAUAUAAUCCCUUUGAAAUCACAGAAGACGAACCAGAGGUUUUAGAUGAUCCAAAGUUGGUUAUUGCUAAAGUUACAUCCGAUGGUGCAAGCUCCACUCCAAGCUUUAUCGUUAAAGGUGGAACCAUUGAAAAGUUAGUUAACCGCCUUAUUGCAAGACAUGACCCAGAUUUUGCCUCUGCUUUUUUACUUACACACAAAUCAUUUACAACUAGUGGUGAACUUUUGGAUCUCUUAAUAGAGUUUUAUUUAAAUAAUAAACCACUUGGCCACGCACCAUCCUUAUCAUCAUCAACUACCUCCAUAUCUUCAAUGGAUCUUACAAGUUCAACUGGUUCAUUCUCAUCUCAAUCUGAUGAAGUUAAAAGAAAAAGAGCUAUUCGUCUAAAGAUUACAAAUGUUAUUAAAUCAUGGGUCGAUAAACACUACUAUGAUUUUGAAGAGGAUAAGCAAUUAAUUGCCAAGCUUGACAACUUUAUCAAUACACACAUAAUGCAAGAUAUGGAUAAAAUCGGUAUCAAUUUAAAGAGAUUACUUUCAAAUGAUCGUAUUGUACCAGUCCCAAUUUUUUCUAAUGGUCCACCAGCACCAAUCCCACCAAAGAUCAAAAACGGUUCAGAGGUUUCAUUCAAAGAUUUGGACCCAACAGAAGUCGCACGUCAAUUAACACUCUUUGAGAGUGACCUCUUUAGAAAAAUUGGUGCCAAAGAGUGCCUUGGUCAAGCAUGGAACAAACAAGACAAAGAAGAAAAAGCACCAAAUAUUGUAAACUUUAUUAAAAGAUUCAAUCAAGUUUCAUCAUGGGUUGCCACUGAAAUCCUUAGACAAGAGAAACUUAAAGAUCGUGUUAGUUAUAUUAAAAGAUUUAUUUUAUUAGCCCAAAAAUGUAGAGAGCUCAACAACUUUAAUGCAACUAUGGAGAUUUUAUCUGGUCUUCAAAAUUCAUCAGUUUACCGUCUUAGAAAAACAUGGGAGCGUAUCGAAGCUAAACCAAUCCUUAAAAAUACCUAUGAUGAGCUUAUGUCUUUAAUGUCCAGUAACGCCAACUAUAAGAACUAUAUGCAAGAGCUCCACAAUAUUCAUCCACCAUGUAUACCUUAUUUAGGUGUUUAUUUAACUCAUUUAACUUUUAUAGAGGAUGGUAUGAAGAAUCAUUUAAAUCAAGAUGAAGAAAUUAUAAAUUUUGAAAAAUGUAGAAAAAUAUCAGUUGUCAUUAGAGAAAUCAAACAAUACCAACAACAACAAUACCAUUUAGAAACCGAAGAAAUUACUCAACGUUAUUUAAAUAAUUUACCUUCAAUUCAAUCUCAAAAAUCAAUGUAUAAACUAAGUUUAAUUUGUGAACCAAAAGAAAAGGAAUCUUCAUCUUUUGAUAGCGGUUAUGGAUCAAUUUCAGACAGACCCGAUAAAGUUAAAAAAGAAUUUUCGAUGACUUCAUUAUUAAAUUCAUGGAAAAAUAAUAACUAAAAAAAAAACUAAAAAAAUAAAAAAAUAAAAAAAAUGAUAAAAAUUUAUUGUUUUAACUUUUUUUUUCUUUCUUUUUAUUAGUUAUUAACUAAUAAAAAAAAAAAAAAAAAAAGUAUUUUGUAAAUAUUU